UUGGCUGCUGGAACCGGGCUCUCGGCCUGUUGAUAAGUCAAAAUUGACGUUUAAUUUUUCAUAAUACUAUCGACCGACACGUCUCGGGAAAGUCAGCGGCAUAUUUGUUAUUCAGUUCGUCGUAACUGAGUUUUGCCUUACUCUAACAGGUUCAAACAGAAAUUCAUCAAAAAAUGACCGAUUACGCCAAGCAGUUUAUGCUGCUUCUGAUGAAUGAAAAGUGUUACGAUAACUACUUCGUAGACUUUGAUCUGCUGAACGUGGAUUGCUUCAAGGCUUUGCUCAGCAAGGGAUUGGGUAUGGGAAUAAUUGCAGGCUCUGUACUAGUCAAAGUACCACAGAUUAGCAAGAUACUGGCCAACAAAUCAGCCAAAGGAAUCAACCUGUUCAGUGUAUGCUUAGAUCUAUUUGCAAUUACGAUUCACAUGUCGUAUAGUUUUGUAAAUGGAUUCCCAUUCAGUUCGUGGGGAGACACGUCAUUCCUUGCGCUGCAGACUGCGAUCAUCGCAUUUCUGGUGCUGAUGUAUGGUGGUUCGUCGGCGGCGGCAUUUGCCUUCAGUGCGGUUUACUCGACUAUAACUUAUGUUCUAAUGGGAGGACUUACACCGCUCAACUAUCUGUUAAUCGCCCAAGGUUUUAACAUUCCGAUUAUUUUGCUGGGAAAAUUUUCCCAAGCUUACACCAACUAUCAGAAUGGUAGUACUGGUCAGCUAUCUGCAGUCACUUCUUUCAUGCUGCUGGCAGGAUCUCUUGCACGAAUCUUUACGUCUAUUCAGGAAACUGGCGACCAGAUGAUGAUUAUCACCUAUGGAUUUUCUUCUUUCGCUAAUGCGGUGAUCGUGCUGCAACUCCUGUACUACUGGAAUGCCGAUAAGGAGAAGAGAGCGGUUGGUUCUAGUGCUUCGAAAAAGACUGCUAAAGUCAAGGCUAAGAAAUCUGACUAAGCGAGAUGGAGAAAGCGAGUUAGGACAUAGUACAUCAAAAGACAAAAACAGCCGAAAAAAAUUGUUUUACUACGAGUACAAAACUACGCUCCAGUUUGUAUGAAGACUACUGUUAAGCUGCAUAUUUCUUAUACUUAGUUCAGAUUUUGAUGGAAUUAAAAAUUAUGUAUAGUCAAUUGAUGGUAACACUUAGGAAAAUACAUCAUCAAGCCGGGUUAGGAACAUUUUAAGUGCCACCGUCAUCUAAUGGAAUCACAACAUCGAAUAAGUGAUUUUUGUAUGAUGUUUUAAAGUCGUGUUACUAAACAAACUGCAGAUAGUUAAUUGUUAAAAAGUAGAGAACGAACGUAGCCUUUUGCCAAUAAAAUAAAACAAU